UGUGCUGGUUGACGGGCCUUAGAUGCGAAGAAGCUCCGGUUUGUUCUACGACCAUUGCCAGUGCUCGCCGUCUCAGGCUUCCAACCAUGUCUCCUCGCUUGCUUCUUCAGUCCUCCCUCAGGGCUUUCACUGGCUCUUCCUCCAUUCAGAGUCCGCUCGCCGCCCUAUCCCUCACCCCUUCCAAGACCACAAUCAGAGCCGGUUCUGCAGAGGCAAGAGAACGUCGCAGACAUGACCCAUUCUUGACCGCUCAGUCGCGCCAGCGCAAGGCAGCCAACCUCUCUCGCCGACAAGCUCUCGCCCAGGAACGUGAACAAGCUUUGGGAGACCCCGUCAAAAGCGCACCUACCCCCUUCAUCCAAGAAUUGCAGGAGACCCAGACGCGCUCCGAGAAUGCCCCCCCCAACUUCUUCGUGAAACCGGCCGAACUACAGAGUGCUCUCGACCAUUCGAAGGAUUUGACUUCUCCUCUCGUGAACCCGGACCGCGAUACCGCCGACCCUCAGCUUGAGAUGGAGCAAGCUGAGCAACACAAUAAGCAGCACCAGAAUGCAUUGGAAGCCAUGAAUCGUAUCUUGAAACUUGAUAACGGAAACAAUCAAGAUCGCAUGCGCCUUAACAUCCAGAAAUGUAUCGAGACCUUUGGUCGGCACAACACGGACCAGACAUUGCCCCCCAAACCAGCUAGCGUGUCCCUCGACUCUGCAACUGCUCCUCCCGAAAAGCUUCCCCGGAUCGGGGCUGAUACUGGCUCCCCAGAAGUGCAGGUGGCUAUCUUGACCGCCAAGAUCAUCAAUCUGUCCAGACAUCUUGAGACGACCAACAAGGACAAGCACAACAAACGCAACCUGCGUCUCCUCGUGCACAAGCGGCAGAAGCUUCUCCGCUAUCUGCGACGAAAGGAGCGUGGAGGUCCCAGAUGGCAGAACCUGGUUCAGACUCUCGGCCUCUCCGACGCUGCUUGGCAGGGUGAGAUCAGCAUGUAAUCGGGACUCUGCCGGCGUUUGUAUUCUAUAAUUUCUUUUGACCAUCCUCUUCCCAACCUAUCCCUUUGGCGUAUAUCAACCUCAUGAUUUUGUCUCUGAAACCGUUCCUCUCUCACACCAACCUGGCGAUUAUGGCAGGGAGCCGGCGAAACUGUUUUCAUCUAGUGCCACCUCACUCCAGCGAUUUCUGGUCGUUCCAAGAUCAUCGCUGUGUACUGUACAAAUAUUGCUAUCGUUUUCCACGACUUAGAAUUAACUUGCAUGGAAUGCGACUUCUCAUUGCCUCUGCUCUCU